ACAGGAAGAACAUGCACCUUUAUGUAGACGAAAAAUCAAGUGACAACUAAAAGUUGUCAAAAAUGUUGAAGCAAGGGCAGUCACAAUUUGAAGAGAAAUGGCCCUCUAUGAGACCUUCGGUACUGAAAUUGCUGCGUCAAGAGCCUGUCACCAGAUCAGAGUGGCAUGACCUAUUCUGGGCUGUUCAUUCCGUGUGUCUAUGGGAUGACAAAGGUCCACAGAAAGUGUACCAAGCCCUGCAAGAUGAUAUCCUUGAGUUCAUUAAACAUGCUCAGAAUAGAGUGUUACAUACUCAGGAAGAUUCUGCCCUGUUGAAAGCCUACAUUGCAGAGUGGGGGAAGUUCUUCACGCAGUGUGACUAUCUGCCAAAACCUUUCAUGCAGCUAGAGACGUCCCUGGCAAGCAAAACACACACACCCAUGCAGAAAAAGACACAAGGGGAGGAAAGCAUAGUCAGAAAAUUGAUGUUAGACAGUUGGAACCACAGUAUUUUCUCAAAUAUAAAACAGCGUCUGCAGGACAGCGCAAUGAAACUUGUACAUGCAGAGAGAAAUGGUGAAGCUUUUGACUCGCAACUUGUCAUAGGUGUACGAGAAUCUUACGUGAAUCUCAGUUCUGAUGUGGAGGAUAAAUUGAAGAUCUACAGAGAAAACUUUGAGAAGGCGUAUCUGGAAGCAACAAAAGCCUUCUAUAAGCUCAAGGCUCCACAAUAUUUACAGGCAAAUGGUGUACAAAAUUACAUGCGGUAUGCUGAUGCCAAACUGAAGGAAGAAGAAGGGAGAGCUCGCAGAUACCUAGAAACAGGCUGGGGUUGUACAUCUGUUAGUGCAUUGACAGAAUGUUGUGUAAAUGUUUUGGUUACGGCGUUCAAAGAGACAAUACUGCAGGAAUGUGCUCAAAUGAUCAGAAGUAACGAAACUGAUAGGUUACGUUUGAUGUUCAAUUUAAUGGACCGUGUACCAGAUGGUAUAACUCCAAUGUUACACGACCUUGAAGCCCACGUUAUAAACCAAGGUCUUGCUGACAUGAUUGCAGCUGCUGAUAUUAUCACUUCAGAUUCUGAGAAAUACGUAGAGCAGUUAUUAGAGUUGUUUAACAGAUUCAGUGCUCUAGUACGAGAAGCUUUCAACGAUGAUCCUCGCUUCCUUACAGCUAGAGAUAAAGCCUAUAAAAAUGUUGUCAAUGACACUAGCGUAUUCAAAUUGGAAAUACCCAUCAAAAAUAAGGGUAUGGGCACAAAAACUCAGCCUGAGUCAAAAUGUCCAGAACUUCUAGCCAACUACUGUGAUAUGUUACUGAGAAAAACUCCACUUAGUAAAAAACUUACAUCAGAGGAGGUAGAGAAAAAACUCAGAGAUGUUUUAUUGGUGCUGAAAUAUGUACAGAAUAAAGACGUGUUCAUGCGUUAUCACAAAGCUCACUUGACAAGACGUCUUAUACUUGAUACAUCCGCUGACAAUGAGAAGGAAGAAAAUAUGGUUGAGUGGUUGAGGGAGGUUGGUAUGCCAGCUGAUUAUGUGAACAAGCUAGCUAGAAUGUUCCAGGACAUCAAAGUUAGUGAGGACCUCAAUAUAGAAUUCAAAGACGCCCAUAGAAAUAAUAAUGAAUAUAUUGCAGAUUCAAUAAAUAUAAAGAUACUGAACGCUGGUGCCUGGGCGAGAUCCAGUGAUCGUCUGUCUGUCUCUCUACCGAUGGAGCUGGAGGAUUAUAUCCCGCAGGUGGAAGAUUUCUACAGACAGAAACACAGUGGACGCAAGUUACAGUGGCACCACCUUAUGUCAAAUGGAAUUAUAACAUUUUGCAAUGAUAUUGGACGUUUUGAUGUGGAGGUGACAACUUUUCAAAUGACAGUAUUGUUUGCUUGGAAUCAGAGGCCAAAAGAUAAAAUUUCAUAUGAAAGUUUGAAACUAGCAACAGAAUUGCCUGAUACAGAGUUGAGAAGAACAUUAUGGUCCUUGGUAGCAUUUCCAAAGAUCAAACGUCAAGUGUUAUGUUGUUCAAGCGAGGUAAAAUCACCGAAAGAUAUAACAGACGGAACCCAGUUCUGGGCUAAUCAGGAAUUUGCCUUAAUCAAAAAUGGUAAAGUUCAGAAGCGUGGAAAGAUCAAUUUGAUUGGUCGUCUUCAGUUGUCAACAGAGAAGAGUAAGGAAGAAGACAAUGAAGGAAUCAUGCAGCUUCGUAUCUUACGUGUACAGGAGGCUAUUGUGAAAAUAAUGAAAAUGCGUAAAAAGAUCACCAAUGCAGCCCUACAGACUGAACUUGUUGAAAUCCUCAAAAAUAUGUUUUUACCAUCCAAAAAACUUAUCAAAGAACAAAUAGAAUGGUUGAUAGAACACAAAUAUAUGAGAAGAGACGAAGACAAUAUCAAUUUAUUUAUUUAUAUGUCAUAGUGUGUAUAAUCACAUUCUUGUCCUGCUUUUGAAAUACUGACCUCAACCCAUCACAAUCAAGAUUUUCAUUCACUGCGAAGCUGUGUGGAAUGAAAACCAAUCAUAGCAUGGAAUGCAGAUGAGUUGGAAGGAAGCUGUUUGUUUCGGCUCUUCUGAUUGGUCAAAUAUUCAAAAUAUGAUUGUUCCUCAGGAUGGAGAAACCAUCUUUGCAGGAAGGACAGGACUGGUAAUUUCAUGUGCGGGGGAAGUGUGCCCACAACUGCCGGUUAAGUUAGUGCACACACAAUGCUUUUACCUGACAUGAUGUUGGUUUACUUUUUAUAUUAUCUUCAUCAUUAUAAGAGAAGAGAAGUUUCACUUUUUUCAUAUCUUUUAAUUGAUUAUCAGGUUUUUAAGUUAGUUCCUAUCUGGUAAUGUUCAUGAAAAGUAGACACAAAAGCACUUGUUUUAAUGUAAUAAUUUCAUUAAAUCAUGUAUCUAUCGACCUUUAAAUAGGGUUCGAUUGCAUUGCCAUAUUUGCAGUUUGGAAGGCAAUUGGAAAGACAAAAUAGAAUAUAUUUAACCCUUACCCUGCUGUGUUUCUAUAAUGAACUUGUCCAUGCUUUAAUUUGGACAGUACCAUUAUCUGUUAAAAGGGGUGCUUACCAAAAUGAUACUGACUGAAAGGCGAACAUUGCAGACCAAGAUCAGCCUGCAUGGACAUGCAGGCUGAUCUUGAUCUGCACUGGUCGCAAAGGCAGAAUCACUUGCCGCCAGCAGGCUAAAGGUUAAUAGAUGAUGUCUUCAUGUAUUCUUAAGUCAAACUGUAAACGUAGUUUCCAUUGUUAAUUGGUUUCCACAGUUUCUGCUUCUGAAAUUUUCACCCAUAAUUCACCUUUGUAAUUAAUGAUAUGCAUAAUGAUCAGAUGGCAUUUGUUUAUAUCCUUUGAAAAUAUUUGUUUAAAGAACAGAGAUAGAGCUUGAAAUGAAAAUUAAAGAUUUUGGGUACUUCUGCUGAAAACUGACCAGACAAACAUGAAAUGUUGACAAUAUUGUGUAUUUGAGUCUAUUUGACAGAAAACGACUUUCAAAUAAUUUAUUGUCUAGGGGUAAUUACCAAAAAAGCUUCAUCACUGUUCAUUGUAGUAUGAUCUUUAUGCGCUGUGAAAUUAUAGAACUAACGAUACAAGUGAACCUUCAAUCUCAUAGAACCUUCAGUCUCAUAGAACCUGCAAUGUUAUAGAACCUGCGAUACCUCGAAUUUGAAAUGAAAUGGGAAACAACUGUGGAAUUUGAAAUGAAAUGGGAACAACCAUACUCGUAGUUAAUUAAGAACAUAUGGAUGUUAACACUGUUGGAAGUUCUGGAUAAAUCUGAGAGGAGGUGGGCGUGGAUGUAUGUCUUAAUGUUCAUAUAAGAAAUAAUAUAUCUGAAACAGUGAUAAUAUAUCCGAAACAAUGAUUUUGUCAUUGGAUAAAGUCAUUGUUUAGAGUUCAGAAUGGUGAGAAGGAAUUUUAUCAGAAUGGCCUGGCCCUUAUAAUUAAUUGGUACACAUCUGAACAACAAUGACUAUUCAAGAUAGAACCACUGUAUGACAUGCACUAUUCCAAUUUUAACACAUUGAUAAGGUUUACUAUCUACAUCUUUUGCUACAUCCACCAAAUAAUUUGAGGGUUUUGUGUCAUAUUCAGUGCUCCACUGAGAUGUUUGACGCUGCAACAUUACAAUUGUUGGCAUUCGUUGAUUUUAUUUCAUAAUAAUGUCACAUUAUCAGUCUUCUUUGUUUAAUAGUGAAACAAGUCAGGUUGUGUUAGAAUACAUUUUUUUUUUCGUGAAUAGGAAAUUUUUUUGCAAAUAUCAAAAGUUCACAGUUUGACAGUAUCUAGGCUUGUAUACUGGUAUAACUUGAUAUGCCUGACCCUGAAAGUUAAUCAUCACAGUAUAACUGUUGCAUAUGAACAGUGUAGUCAGUAGGUUACAUUAUACAAGUAUAUUAUCUUUCAGAAGAAAAGGCUAUUAUGUGGAGUUUUCCUCAGGAGUACUUUUAAGACAAACUAAUACAAGUAUUGACUUCAUGAUCUGAUGUGAAAAACUACACAUAUCCUAGAAUUUUUUUUGAAAGGCAUGUUUAAUUUAUUCGUAUUGUUAUGCUUCAUAUAAAAUGAUUGCUGCUGUUAUGAAUAGUUUUUCAUUUGAUAAACGUAUCCCAGCAGGAAACUAUAAUGUUGAAUUUCUGUGUUUGGUUUUAUUAUAUGCCAAAAGGGACUUAUUAUGUUAUGACGCCGGUGUCUGUCCGUUCGUUCGCCUGUUAGCAAUUUCAUGUCCGCUCUGUAACUCUUGAACACCUUGAUGGAUUUCGAAGAAACUUCACACAAAUGUUCACCACAUCAAGACAAUAUGCGGAGUGCAUGUAUUGGAUAGCUCACUUCAAGGUCAAGGUCACACUUAGGGGGUCAAAGGUCAUAAGACUUUGUUUUGUGUCUGCUCUGUAACUCUUGAACUGCUUGAAGGAUUUUAAAGAAACUUGGCACGAAAUGCUAACCACAUCGAGACGAUGUGCAGAGCGCAUUUUUCGGAUGGCUCGCUUCAAUGUCAAGGUUACACUUAGGGGUCAAAGGUCAUACCUUCGGGUGUAUUUUGCUCUGCAUUGCGGUGAUUUUGUUUCCAAUACAUAAAGUACAUAUACUUUCCUUUGGACUGUGUAGAAAAUGUCAGUUCAUAUAAAUAGCAUCAUUAACAAAAGUGGUUUCAUGUUUAUUCGUAUUUUGGUGUUGUUGCCUUUUUAAACUCAGUAUCUGCAAUAAAAUCCAUGAUUUCAAAGGAGUGUUUGUUUAUAGUCCAUAUUGUGUUUUGCGAUUUCAUUCUAAAUACAUUUGUAAAGUCAUGGCCCAUGCUGUAUUAGAUUUUUGUUUGUUUAGAUUUAUCAUGCAAAAAUUAAGUUAAACAGUUUUCUUAAUAAAAAAAUGCUAGUUAAGGAAAGAAAUUGAUAUACAUGUAACAUGCACAGCAUUUAAUUGUUGUUCAUUACAGGGAAACAAUAGAUUUACUUUUAAAAAAUUAUUUUAACUAUAAAUAUCCAACUGGAACUUAAGAACUGUUUAUUAAAUAUUUCAAUCUAAGUCUUUUCUUAGCUUGUUAGUUACCACAAGGGGAUUCUUUAAAGAGUGCAACUUAAAAGAUUUCAAAUAAAGGUGUACAAAGUUGGAAAUCGAACCAAGUUAAAUAGAGUAGAUGAAAAUAGUUUUCUAUUAUUAUUAGAGCCAUAUUGAUUUGCAGUUUUGUCUUUUGUUCUCAGUUAAUGCCUGUCUUUCUGCCUGCAGAUAUUGAGACUAUGCACUAAGCCUGUAAUUAAGCCACGGCAUGAGAAAACCAACAUAUUGCAUUUGUGACCAGCAUGGAUCCAGACCAGCCUGCGCAUCCAUACUGUUCGCUUUCAAAGCCUAUUGUAAUUAGAGAAACCGUUAGCGAACAGCAUGGAUCCCGACCAGACUGCGCGGAUGCGCAGGCUGGUCUGGAUCCAUCUGGUCGCAAAUGCACUAUGUUGGUUUUCUCAUGGCGCGGCUCAGUUGUUUCUUAUCUGAAUUUUUACAUCCAGUUAAACUGUUGCCACUAUAAAGAAUGUUAUAGUAAUAGUAAAUGAAAUUGCCGCCAAUAAAAUUUAUAAAUUCA